AGCAUAUGCUUGGAAGAGUAAGAUGUGUUUGACUCUGGCAAAAUGGGAAUGUUUGCUGUCUCUUAGGAAACCCAUACUAAACUAUGAAUUGCUAUGAAGAUGAUCUCUGCUACACAAACAAGGGGAUCAGGAUUAGGCUGGUCUACCUUAACCUUACUGAUGCUGAAGGUUCACAUGAUUGAAGUUUGUGCACCUGCCCCAGGAGAGUUGUCACAGGAUGGCUGGGGUGGCUGGGCUGGAACACAAGACCAGCUGUGCUCCCAUACCCAGGAGCUUUCUCUGCUCAGCGCCUCUUGCCUGACUCCUGUGCCAGCGGAGCACACCCUCAUCAGACAGAGGUGUGGUGGUGCAGGGAUGCACAGCAUGGCACUGCUCAGGCACCUCCAGCCCUGCCAGGGCAUUCACUGGCACUUCAUGGAAUCAUGGAAUGACUGGAGUCAUAGAAUCAUAGAAUAGUUUGGAUUGGAAGGGACCUUAAAGUUCAUCUAGUUCAGAGUCCCUGCCAUGGGCAGGGACAUGUCCCACCAGACCAGGCUGCCCAAGGCCCCAUCCAACCUGCUCUUGAACACGUCCAGGGACGGGGCAUCCACAGCUUCCCUGGGCAAUCUGUGCUAGGGCCUCAUCAUCCUCAUAGUGAAGAAAUUCCUCCUUAUGUCCAGUCUAAAUCUGCCCCUCUCCAGUUUAUACCCAUUGCCCCUCGUCCUAUCACCACAAGCCUUUGUGAUCAGUCCCUCCCCAGCUUUCCUGUAGCCCCUUCAGGCACUGGAAGGUCGGUAUAAGGUCUCUUCAGAGCCUUCUCUUCAGGCUGAACGACUCCAACUCUCAGCCUGUCCAUGUAUGGGAGGUGCUCCAGCCCUCUGAUCAUCCUUGUAGCCCUCCUCUGGACCCGUUGGAAGGGACAAACAUCGUCGAAUCCAACUCCUAUCCCCGCAUAGGACAACUCCACACCAUGUGUCUGAGGACGCUGUCCAAAUGCUCCUUGCGUGUUGCCAGGCUUGGCAUCCGCGGCGCCCCGGAGGCUCCUGGUUUGCUCCUUUGGCCUCCUGGUGCGGCCCCGCCCCCUCCCGGCGGACUACAACUCCCGGCAGCUCCCGCGCCGCCGGCCUCCCCCUACCUGCCGAGCGCAGGUAGCAGCGGCGCGGGGCAUGCCGGGGCCGGUAGUCUCUGGGGAGGGGCAGCGCAGCCGGGGCGCGGACGGUAUGGACAAGCUCAAGCGGGUGCUUAGCGGCCGCGACACAGAGGAGCCCGGCGGCCUGGCCGAGGGUACUUGUCUGCUAUGGGUACCAAGGAAAGGGUUGAUGCUCUUUGCAGUGUUUUAUACAUUGGGGAAUAUUGCAUCUAUUGGCAGCACAUGUUUUCUUAUGGGACCUAUGAAACAAUUGAAAAGGAUGUUUGAGCCUACACGUUUGAUUGCUACAAUUGUUAUGCUAUUGUGUCUCGUACUAACACUGUGUUCUGCUUUAUGGUGGCGUAAGGAAGGACUUGCGCUCCUUUUCUGCAUUUUACAGUUUUUUGCCUUGACAUGGUACAGCAUUUCCUUCAUACCAUUUGCAAGGGAUGCUGUGAAGAAAUGUGUUUCGGUCUGCCUGUCCUAACAGGAAUACUGAAUGCUUCACAAAGUUCUAGGAAGUUUAGUAGAACUAUGUUAAGAUCACUGUGUAUAUAUUUUCCUACUUCUGUCUUAAACAUGUGCCUUUCAGCUUGUUGUUAAAGGCUCGUUGUGUUAAAUCCAGUGUAUGCAAUUGCUUGGUUUUGUAAGCAAUGGUGUCUGUAGGACAAGGUGAUCGUGAUUAAAUGAAGUUCAGUCUCGCAGAAGAACUGGGUAGAGAUCCAGAAUUUGUUAUGAUAAUUCUUAUGUAAAAGUAUGUAUUUGCUUGGUUUUGCAAAAUUAAGAAAGUAAUACGUGAAGUCUGUAAAAUGGAGACCUCAGUUUUGAUGGGACUAUGCCAGUCUUUUUCAAGAAAAAGAAAUCGGUUGCGAACUGAUUUCUUACUGAGAUCUUGUUUUUUUUCUUUUAAACAGCCUUAGGUCACUUAAACUUUGCACUGUUUGCCUUGCAUAAUGGGAUAUUUGUAUUCUUUGUCUUCUUUCUUCUUUUGCAAAGUUUUGGGUUUAUGAGACUUCUAAAAGAUUUAAUUCUAAGUGAAAACAUUGUUUUGGACUAUGUAUGAGAUAUUUGCAUCUAAUGAACUAUUUAAUUUUCAGUUUAGACUGAUAGUGUUUCCUUAAAAUUCAUGAAAGGCAUAUUUUCAUAUGUAAAAACUUGUUCCCGCAGGAAAAGCACUUCCAAAAUAAGGUUGAUAGAAUUUUUCAGCUGCUGAGAACCAGAGUUCUUUGCCUUGCCUACAGCUAAUGGUAAUACAUAUAAGAUAGGAAACUGAAAUUUUUCACGUGAAGCAAGCUGCUUUUCUUCUCCCCCAACUGUAGCGUAGGAGCAGGGCGAAGCUGAAGGCAUGAUAGCUAAGCACGGAGAGAAUUUAUGCAUGUCCCUUCUCAAAGGACAAACUCUGAUAAGAUAAGGUGGAAGUAGGCUAUUGUUGAAGCAGUCCAGGCCAGGGAGAAGACAUUUUAUUCUAAACUUAUUUAUAAGUUAGAAGUCCAACAUUUCUCUUUUUUUUUUUAAGUGGGAUCAGUUUUGUUUCUCCUAAAGCUCUUGCACACAUUGGUGAACUUCUGCUUUAAAGUACAAUUUUCUAUUGCCUGUCUUAGCAAAGAAAGUAUGUAACAGUGUAGCUGCCAGCUCCAAACAAAUGCUGAACAGUCAUAUCCAAACUCCAAGGCCACCCUACCUUCUCAUUAUCUUUUGAGCUAUGUGUAAUCAUUUACUCCCAAACCAAUCACAGUGAUCAGUUUUUUAAUAUUUGAGCCCAGACUCCUGCCUCCACCGUGUGGGAUACUCUUUUAACUGCUUUCAGCUUUCCUCUUAAACUUUCUCUCUGCAGUCAGUGUCUAUGAAGAUGAUUGUCCAGUGGACUUUAGAAUGAACUGAAGCCUCUCUUCUCCCAUCUACCGAGAGUUUAGUUAUUUAACAGCAUUAUACUUGCAUGGCCAAUUUAUCCCUGACUUGUAUACAAAAGAUUUUAAUUUAGGAAAAACCUAGACCUACUUAGUAGUAAAGUAUAAGCCCACAGUGAAGCCAAACAAUUACAUGGCUUCCACAAAGUUACUAGAAACUGAGUUAAUUCAAAAUCUUAAACUUAAGUGUCUUUUGAUAAUUUACAAAGCGCUGUACCAUCCGGCUGUUAGGAUCCUCUUAAAGAAAAGAUUCCCUUUUGAGGAUAUUGUGAAAGGGAAAUUUUAACAGGCUAUCAGCGGAUUCCAGCUGGCUGCACUUACUAUUACUAAGACAUCUGAAUGGAAAAUGUGAUCUUGAAAACAUGGCACUUAUGUUGGGAUGAAUCAGUUGUACAGGAGGAUAUUCAAUGCUAUGUCCUGGUGCUUUUUUUCCUCCUAGUAUUUGGUAGCUAGGGUUGAGAUAACUAGGUUGACUAUUACUUUUCAUGAAAGGAAGAAUUAGUUAAAUGCCCAAAAGAGGCUGAGGAGAAAAGAAUACUAAUACUUCUUUUCCCUGACUGAUCUAAGACAGGUGUCCAAACUUAUGUGUGUCUUUUUUUGUCAGGGAGUAGGUUCAAAACCUAAUUUGCAUCUGUUAAAGGACCUGUGUUAGUCUUUUAUUAGGACUUUGAUAAUGUUUACAGAAUUCCUUUGUAUAGAGACAAUUGAAAUGCAACUCAAAUGCCUUUUACAUUCCAAUAAUUCUUUAGUUUUAACAUCUCUAGGCAUUCCUGGGAAAUGCUACGGGUAUAGCAUACAGUAUUUCUCCUUCCCCUCUCCAGGAAAGUUACAUUAACUCAGAUCAUCAUUUCAAGCUCAUUAGCAAUCAACAUAAUGGAAUUUGGCUUGUGGGAUUGUGCAGUGGAUUUGGCUUGCAGUUCCUCUGUUUGCAAUACUGGGUUUGUGUAUGCUGAAUAUUGUUUUUUCAACUUGCACACUAGUUAGCUGGCACCUUUCAGCUGACUGUUGUGAGCACAAGCACUUAGAAUUAGGAAAUUUAGGAAACUACCAAUAGCUGGCACGUAAAUUUAUAUGUCUUUUUUUUCUUUCCACUCCUCCUAUCCAUUUUAAAGCUGUAAUUCCAGCUCCACAGUCUUUCAUUCAGUAAGAGUGAAGAACAAAUCUUUAUUUCACUGCAUAGCACAUGAGGCAAUAGUUCCCUUAAAGGAAGGGAACCCAAAGGGAGACGGCAAAAGGAUAAGGAUUGCCAGAGUGCCACUAGGGUUAAGGUUGCCCUUAGGUGUUGUUUUCUCUUCCUGUGAAGGUUAGACGGUAGGAGAGACUCACCGUGUUCUUGCCAAUAUGUGAAACAUACUCAGGGUUUGUCGCUUCAUCUACAAGUGGUUUUGAUUUAAAAUAACUGUUCUCUAUUGGAACAAAACUCUUUAUCUCUUUAGAUCCUUACUCACAAUGAGCUGUUUCAGGGUACUGCCAAGUUUAGCAACAAAAUGUUAAAAUACUUUAUAAAAUUUUACAUAAUUGAGGAGUCAACUAGUAUAUUGAUGUUUCAAUCUGAAUUAGAUUAUGCCUUUUUUUUUUUUUUGGUGAUUAAAACUACUUAUGUUGAGUUUUGAUAUCAUUAGCUUUGGUUAUCCACUCGGCGGGAAGCAUGGUGGGCAUUUCUGAAGCCCUCUCUGGCUUUCUAUCUUAAUGACCCUCAAGGCAGGAAUGCUUGUUUUGUGCACUGUACUGCAAACAGCGACCUUGGUGUUCGAAUCACAAAGCUCCUUCCUUGCUCAGUUGCCUACAGCAUUUAACUCAAGGCUGACCUUUCUAAAGAAACUUGUAUGAUGUUGAACGCCCAUCUUGGUAGGGUUUAUUGUUGUACCAGAAAGUGCUUUUUGCCCAGCCUUACUGCUAGUCAACUUGCCUACCCACUGUUUUUACUUUUUGCAGUUCAGAUAACAUAACGUUAACCAAGCAGCCUCAGCAUAGAGUUCUAGCAUGAAAUAUACGUAUUUGGGAUCAGCUGACUUUCCAGAUAUAUUAGAAAUGGUGGGUGGUAGUAAUCUGUUCCCAAAAUACCAAGUUUCUAAAUGUUAAAAUGUAGGAUUUCUUUCAUUACUUCAAAGUUUUGCUCUGUGUUUUUUUUUUUUUUUUUUUUUUUUAUAAAGCAUGUUAAGCUUUAUGCAUGAGCACUUACUAUGCAAGUUGUAGGGAGGACAGAGACUGCCAAUGGGCUGACUUCUAGCUGGGUGCAGGAUGACAUGCCUGAAUCUAUCGUAACUUGUGGGUAGGCUGCAGCUGGUGUGGAUCAUGGCGUUGUUGCUUCUAUGUGAUUUGAAACUCAGGUCUGGGAAUUGCCUUGUGGAGCAGUGUGGACACUUCAAGCUCAUCCUCUGUUGCUAUGUGCUAAGAAAUUGGAAUAGCUUCUGGUGAGUUGGUGAGAACAGUUCUUACUUUGCUUUUCUUCAUUAAUAUGGUUAAAGCAAGAUCACCUUUGCUGUUGUAGGAUUUUCAAAACUGAGGAGGAUGAUAUUUAAAAUCACAUUUGUCUUAAAUACUGAUGUUUACAACCACAGCAAACACUGAUCAUGUAGGACAUAAAGCACAGAAAUUGUAUAUUUUCUUAAAACUGCGUGCCUCACUGAUGUGACAACACUAAAUUUUUUUAACAGAUGUGGAAUUUUGUAAAAUAAACACCAGACUCUCAGAAAUUCUCCGCAAUGUUUUAUACUGUUAGGGAUUCUGUUUGCUAUUGUGCUUUUUCUAUGUAUUUACACUGUUUGAUUUCUAAUUUGAUAAGCCUAUUUUUUCUUGACUUGUCACUUUCUCUGUAAUGAAGUGAAAUCUUUGCUUACAAGCGCUGUUUUUUUUCCUUCAAUAAAGUUGU